AUGAGUACUGUUGGACAAAAGAAUGCCAAAGGAGACCCUGAGGGUGGAGUCCGUCCUGAAGAUUCGGCCAGCCAGUGUGGGAGCACUACAUCUUCAGUGCGACUGCGGACUAUGGCACGUAGAGCUGCUUUAGCUGUUGAGGCUGAAGCACUGAAACAGAAGAUGGCGCUGGAAAAGGAGGAGUUAGCUUUGAGACAGCGUAAAGCUCAGCUAGAUAUGGAUACCAGGAUGAAAAUAUCUGAUGCUGAGACACAAGUCUAUUUGAAUGAAGCGGAUAGGCUAUUGUCGGAUGAAGCUAGUGCUCCUCAGAAACAUCCAGUUGAAGUGAAUGAAACGUUGGCUUAUCCGCUGGACUCUGGAACGCCAACGCCAACCCAGGUUGAACAGAGUACGAAGCCAACGGAGGCUUUGUUGCUGCAGAUUUUGCAGGAGGGACAGAAACAACAGAGGCAAUUAUUGGAGUCUCUUAAUGUGCCUCAAACACAAAUGAUGACGUAUGAUGGUAACCCUCUUAAGUUUUGGGAGUUUUGGAGGGCGUUUGAGAACUCAAUAGACUGUACAAGUAUUCCGGACAGUGCCAAACUGACCCGACUUCUAUACUACUGCGAAGGAGAUGCCCGCAAAAUCUUGCAGCCUUGUAGUAUUAUGCCAUCUGGCGAAGGGUAUAUGAGGGCGAAGGCCAUGCUACAAGAGAGGUUUGGUACACCCUUCAUGAUAGCUGAUGCAUGGAUCAGGAAAGUGACCGGAGGGCGGAAGAUCACCGGACGGGACAAGAGGGCCCUAAGAGAAUUCGCAGAUGAACUGCAAGUUUGCUCACUGACUUUAGAUGCCAUGGGUUACAUUGGCGAUUUGUCACCACAGUUAGUCCUUGUCCAGAUAGUUGAACGACUACCACUAUACUUAUGCGGGAGAUGGCUGAGUGUGGUACGAAGAAUCAGGCGAGAGGAUAGACUUCCUAACAUAUUUGACCUGGUGGAUUUUGUCCAAGGUGCAGCCGACGAGGAGAAUGAUCCGGUCUACGGAAGGCUUCUUACCAAGGAUCAGGGCGGUAGAGGCAUCUCCCAGAACAAGAAGUCGACAGGACUGAAGAAGGGUGCUUUCUCCACGACAGCCACAGGUAAUGAUGUGACACCACAGCUGUGUGUGAUAUGCAAGGAAUCGCACAGUCUGUUUGGCUGUGACAAGUUCAAACGAAUGCAGCUAGAUGACCGGCUGAAACUGGUGAGGGAAAACAGGCUUUGUUUUAACUGUUUGGAGAAGGGACACAUGUCGAGAUACUGUAAACUAAAGAGGAUAUGUUCAGUUUACGGAUGCAACAGAAAACAUACUAAGUUUCUCCAUCAGCAGAAACCAGAACAACCUCAGCAAGCACAAGAGGAAGCUGUUAGUCCUUCACCUGAGAAGAUUGAGAGUCAUGUCACAGGGGCCGGGAACAUGAAGGUGCUAUUGCCAAUCGUUCCUGUCUGGGUUUAUGCGGCAGGCAGUAAUAUUGGUGUAGAGACUCUAGCACUGUUGGAUUCAGGCUCGACAAGUACCUUUUGUACUAAGAAGUUGGCAGCAAGAGUGAAGGCAAGUGGAUUGUCCAGUAUAGUGUCUGUCUCAACUCUGGAAAGAGCCAACAGCGAACUUCAGACCAGUGUUGUAAGCCUGAAAGUUGCAGCAAAGUCGUCAUCCAGGAUGGUGAAUCUCCCUAAAGUCUAUACCAAGACAGACAUUAACAUUAAUCCAGAUCACCUGCUAAAGAAGGAGGAUGUUGACAAACUCCAACAUCUCACAGAUGUCGACUUUCCAUCGACUACCAAACUGCAGGUGGAUCUGCUGAUUGGGCAAGAUUAUCCAGAGCUUAUUUGUCCCCUCGAGAUACGACGUGGUGAGCCAAGAGACCCUUAUGCAGUAAGGACAGUGCUGGGGUGGACCCUGAAUGGGCCGGUUCAGAGUGAUGGUAGGAAGAUGGCUGUGACAUCACACUAUAUCUCAGAUGAAAUAUCCCUUGAAGACCAAUGUAAGCUGUUUUGGUCUCUAGAAGGCAUUGAAACCCUCCAUUGUGAUGCUAAAGGAAUGUCAGUCAAGGACCGAGAGGUAUUGAAGCUAUGGGAGAACAAUGUGGUUAUGAAUGGAGGUCACUAUCAACUGCCCAUACCAUUCAAAGAACGACCCCCGCCACUUUGUGACAAUAGAUGGAUGGCCCAGCAGAGACUCCAUUCACUUAGAAGACGACUUCUCAGGGAUACGGCAAUGCAUGCUAAGUAUUCACAGGGCAUGGCUGACCUAGUUGCCAAGGGCUACGCCGAGGAAGUUGACACAGUUGGCACAUGGAGCCCCAGCUGUUGCUCGUUUGCCAUGCGGCAAACAGCAAAGGACUAUGGAGAUCAGUGCAAUACACAAGCACCAAGAGUAGUAGAGAUGAAUUUCUACGUAGACGACUGCCUGGUCUCUGUUGAAGAGGAAGAUGAAGCUAUAAGACUGGCAUCAGAAUUGAGAACCUUGUUGCAGAAGGGUGGAUUUCGACUCGCUAAGUGGAUGAGUAGCAACACAAGAGUUCUGCAAACCAUACCAGUACAAGAUCGGGCCAAGCAAGUGGUUGGACUCGACCUGAACUUUGAUGCCCUACCAAUAGAGCGUGCACUUGGUAUGAUAUGGGAUGUAGAAAGAGAUAGCUUUGUCUACAAGAUACAGGUGAAGGACAAGCCUUUAACACGAAGAGGACUCUUAAGUGUUGUUUCUUCUGUCUACGACCCUUUGGGAUAUGCUAGCCCAUUUGCACUGAGAGGGAAGUUGAUUCUUCAGGAGUUGACCCGGAAGAAGCUGAACUGGGAUGAGCCUAUCCCUGACAGUGAUGCAAAGAAAUGGAAGGCUUGGAUUGAGGAACUUCCACAGAUGGAAGGAGUUGAAGUCAGUAGAUGUGUCAAGCCUCACGACUUUGGCAGGGUAACUGAUUACGAGAUCCACAACUUCUCUGAUGCAUCUGAAGUAGCCUACGGGGCUGUAUCAUAUCUAGUGAUGAGGAAUGAGGAAGGAGAGGUGCAUAGCAGUAUCAUCAUGGCCAAGUCACGCCUUGCUCCAGUAAAGACCGUUACCAUACCUCGACUAGAAUUGAUGGCAGCUACACUUGCUGUGAAUAUGGAUGUCGUGAUAAGAGGAGAGCUAGACCUGCCUGUGAAGAAAUCAUACUUUUGGACUGACAGUAUGAUAGUGUUGCACUACAUAAAGAAUGAACAUAGAAGGUUCCGUGUCUUUGUGUCAAACAGGGUGGCUAUGAUACACAAUGCCACAGAGAUAGACCAAUGGAGACAUGUUGGCACAACGGAGAAUCCGGCGGACAUCGUAUCCAGAGGCAUGUCACCGUCUAAUCUGAAAGAUGAGGAGAAGUGGUUUGUGGGACCAGCCUUUCUACAACAGCCGGAGGAGAGAUGGCCCACAUGUCCCAUAGAGAAGGAUGGGAUCAGAGAGGACGAUCCAGAGGUGAAGCCUGUAGUCCAGAUCUUUGCUACAAGUGAGGGCAAGAAGUGCAUCGACCAGCUCUUCAUGCACUAUUCUUCCUGGACGAGACUACGCAGAGCGGUAGCUUGGUGGCUGAGGUUAAAGGAAACCCUUAGAAGGAAUGUAAAGAAUUGUACUCCAGUUAAAGAAUUGAGCAGACACUUGACAGUGGAGGACUUGAACUAUGCUGAAAAUGCCAUCUUUCAGCAUAUUCAGACCGAGUCAUUCGAUGAGGAGAUGACAACCUUAAGGGAGAGAGUUAGAGAUCCACAGGGACGAGAGAGACCUGUGAAGAAGGGGUCGAGGCUUGCAAGGUUGGAUCCUGUUUUGCAAGAUGGUCUACUGAGGGUAGGAGGCAGGCUUGGACGAGCACAUAUCCCAGACACUGCAAAGCAUCAGGUGAUACUGCCUAGAAGGCAUCAUGUGUCAGCACUGUUGGUAUGGCACAUACACGAGAAGGUUGGACAUCAAGGCCAAAAUCAUGUUUUGGCAGAACUCAGGAAGUUGGCAGAACCGAGGAAGUUGAUUUAA